GUUCUACGGGCAGUCUGCGCGUUGUCGGUCGCGUUCACCGGUGUCGAUGCUGCUUCGUACCUCUUCGACGAGAACGAGAAGCCCUCGUCGAAAGAUGCCUGUGCUACUUCCGACUCUGGUUACCCUUCUGUCCUUGUUCUUCUUUCAUCGUCUCUUUCAACCGAUGUAUCCAAGUUGUCGGCCAAAACGCUUGUGCCAGAAAUGUUUUCCGUUCUGAAUGUUCCUGCUGCCAAAUUGCAUCACGAGGCCGGUUUCCAACGCAUGCGAUAUAUGCUAACAGUGGCAUCUGUGUGCGGUCUUUCUGGAGCUGUUCUGUCAUCAUUUCUGCCUGGAUCUCGGAUCGUGAACGCCCUCAGCACAGGUUUUGUCUGCAUUCGGUUUGCUAGUUCCCCAGAGGCUCCAAAAGUUCAUCUUUCAGAUCGCCUUCUUCCCUUACCGGCCGACAUCUCGCGCAGACCAGUGAUGUCCGUGUUCAUCUUCUUCAUUUUGGUAUCCUUCGGACUGCUGAUUAAUGGGAAUGUUCUACUGCAUGUGGUUCUCCUAACAACACCUCUGAAAAUGGUUGCAACUGUCUGCUUGGUGUUUCUACAGCACUAUAGAGCGGAACCGGUUGGGAAUUCUUCACGAGACCAAGCCAUCCGUAAGAAGCGGCAACAGGUCAGUCUGGCUGGAGACGGAGAAAGUAUCGUGACCAGCGCCUUGAACGAUGAGGAGGACGAUAUAGACGACAUCGACAGCGACACAUCUUUCGACACGUCGGUGUUCGUCCACAUGGCGGUGGCGAAGCGGGAGGCACAACGGCUUCAACGUAGACUUGAAAAGAAACAAGAAAAGUACCUCUCCGAAACGUCGCCCGUUUUGGUAAAGUCCGUCUCUCACUACAAUUCCAUGGAGCCAGUGAAGAAAUGUCCUGAGAAUCACAACUGUAUAGCAGACUCCUGCUCGGCACGAGUAUCUGAAGGU